AACCAGGAAGUAUUUUGGUUACACAAGGCGGAAGCGUAUAUUUUACUGAACCUGAAAGUGUUUUAGGCUGAGAAGAAAACGUUGUUAACGUGGAUCAACACGGUUAUUACUCACUAGUGACAGGGUGAAGUUGAUAUUGUGUCUCGCUGUUGGUAGACGGGGUCACCACUGCUUCCCGUCUGACUCGGUUCUUCCUGCUGGGGAGUUUGGCUUCUGUCCUCGCUCACCAUCAGUGCCUGUGUUUCCUGACCCAUCUUUACUCACGUUGACCGAUAGUUUCAGCCCAUCUCAUCCAUAACAACCUCUGUCUCUGUCAAUGGCUGGGCGCGGUGGAGGAUCAACCAGGCCAAAUGGAGCCACAGUAGCAAACAAAAUCUGCCAAUUCAAACUGGUGCUGCUGGGGGAGUCAGCAGUGGGCAAGUCCAGCUUAGUGCUGCGCUUUGUCAAAGGCCAGUUUCAUGAAUUCCAGGAGAGUACCAUUGGAGCUGCCUUCCUCACUCAGACCGUCUGUCUGGACGACACCACUGUGAAGUUUGAGAUCUGGGACACAGCAGGUCAAGAGCGCUACCACAGCCUGGCUCCAAUGUACUACAGAGGCGCUCAGGCGGCCAUCGUGGUCUAUGACAUCACCAACACAGAUACUUUUGCACGAGCAAAGAACUGGGUGAAGGAGCUGCAAAGACAAGCCAGUCCCAACAUCGUGAUCGCUCUGGCUGGAAACAAGGCAGACAUCGCAAACAAGAGAGCUAUAGACCUCCAGGAGGCACAAACAUACGCUGAUGACAACAGUCUACUGUUCAUGGAGACAUCAGCCAAGACCGCGAUGAACGUCAAUGAAAUUUUCAUGGCUAUUGCAAAGAAGCUACCAAAGAGUGAUCCUCAGGGUGGAGCUGGACAAGCGGGGCGGACCCGGACAGGAGUGGAUCUACAAGAAACUGCUCCGCAGAGCCGCAGCAGCCAGUGUUGUGGCGGUGGCGGCAGCAAUUAGCAAGUACAAAACAAUGAACUUAGUAAAGCGAGCCCUGAACAUCGUUUUAAGGACGGCACGUAGCUAAAACCCAGAGAGGCAGGAGAGGGCAGAGCCAUUCGCCAACCCUGCACUUAAACUGAGAUUACAGAUGCGAUUAUCUGGAUCCUCUUUGAUUAAAGGAACUUUUUUCUUUUUUUUUAAGAAUCAUAAGCUAGAGGGAAUUACCAAGAUCGCAUUAUUUCUCUGUCUUUCCCCUGUGUAUCUAUCUAUCUACCUCCCUGUUCAUCUUCAACCUCUUUCUCAGUUGAUUGAAUUCUGUCGUCAAUGAUUUUUUUUGAUGGGUGAUACUGAGGUUGUUUUGCCAUUUCCCUUUUUGUUUGAGUGUGUGUAUGCGUCUGUCUAUGUAUGUGUAUGUUAUAUUAUAUACAUGUACUGUAUAUUUGCGGUUUACUUUUCUACUCUUGUCAUUUCCCUCUACAUUGAUCAUCAUUAUGAAAGAUACAAAUACCCAACUACUAAUGCUGAAACUGCAAACGACAGCAAUUAUUCUUAAAGAUUUUGUCCUAUUGCAGUUUAGAGAACAGCAUUUUGUGGUGGUGGUUGUUGUUGUUGUUGUUGGGGACCUGGACAUGACACAGUCAUAAGGAAAGAUCUAUUUUGCUUAUUGAAGCAGGUCGUGAUUUAAUAGGCUACACAUCUGAAGGUGUUUCUGAACUGUGCAACAAAUGCAGUUGUUUGCAGUCAUUGUGUAUUGAUACCUGUAACACCAGAGAGUUGUUAGCCUUUUUUAAAAGAAAUGUUAAAAUCACUUGUAAAUCUAAAAAAAAAAGUAAUAAAUAACAUGCAAGAAUGAUUUUGUUGAGUUGUUUUGCAGUGGUAUGGUAUGGCAUUGCAAGAGUAUUUAAAUGCAUGUUUGGGUAGUGCAGGUGGGUUGAAUGUCAGCUAUGAUAAAUUCCUGCCUUGAAAAGUGUUAUCAAAAAACAUCUCUAAACAGAUGUUGCAAUAAGGGGUCACUAAAUCUGAUUCUGGCUCAUAUUGGCAUAACAAUAUACUUUUAAUAGAAUAUAUUGUUUUGCUAAAUACAUGUUUAAUUGUAUAUAAAUGUUCUUGUUUUGCGGACAAGACAUGUCCCUCCCGGCCUUCUCAAGGCUGGUAUUCAUCUAGAUUUAGUACAAAAUACAUUUUGUAGGUUGACAACAUUUUAUUCAGGACUGAAAGCACUGAUUUGGAGAAAAUAAUUUGUUGUUCAUAAUACUAUGUUACAGUUUACAUCCUUAAUCUAGUUAUUAAUAAAUGUACGCAUCAGAUUUUUGUUCUCGGGUCUACAAUGCAAACUAUUUGAAGUAUAGAAUGUACUGAAAUGCCUGAAAUAUUCAUCAGAAACCGCAACAGUAAACAUUUCCAACCACUA